AUCGAACCAUAACUGCCAUCACCCCCCAACAAACAAAACCAAAACAAAACUCCCACCACACACGAAUGUUCAAAAGCUGAAAUGUCAAACGUCAUUCUUCCCAGUGUGAGAAUGGCAGUCUCCUCCUCCAACUCUUUCCUAUCCACAUCUCUCCUCAAACCCAGCUUCUCCCACUUCCCUUUAAAACGCCUCGUUUCAAUUCCCACCUGUCUCUACAACAGCAACAACAACAACAAGAAGAAACUUUCAACCGCAACACCAGCUUGUGCUAUUGCCACCGAUUCUUCUCAGUCUCACACUCAGACUGCCACUUUCUCCCUAAACGACGGAACCCAGAUUGACAAAACCGAGAAACUCGUCCUUCCCACCAACCAAUCCUCUCAGAAUCUACUCAGAAUCCGCCACACGUGUGCACAUGUGAUGGCCAUGGCUGUCCAAAAGCUAUACCCGGAUGCGAAAGUGACGAUUGGGCCGUGGAUAGAUAGUGGAUUUUAUUAUGAUUUUGAUAUUGAGCCUUUAACGGAUAAAGACUUGAAGAGGAUCAAGAAAGAGAUGGAUCGGAUCAUUGCUAGAAAUUUACCGCUUAUAAGAGAAGAAGUUUCAAGAGAUGAAGCUCAGAGAAGAAUAAUGGCUAUCAAUGAACCUUACAAAAUAGAGAUUUUGGAAAGUAUUAAGGAGGACCACAUUACCAUCUAUCAUAUUGGUAAUGAAUGGUGGGAUCUUUGUGCUGGGCCUCAUGUUGAAUCUACUGGAAAUAUUAACAAGAAAGCUGUUGAACUUGAAUCUGUUGCUGGUGCAUACUGGAGAGGGGAUGAAAAGAAACCAAUGCUGCAGAGGAUUUAUGGCACUGCAUGGGAAAAUGAAGAACAAUUGAAAGCAUACCUUCAUUUCAAAGAGGAGGCUAGACGCCGGGAUCACAGACGCCUUGGCCAAGAUCUUGAUCUGUUCUCCAUACAGGAUGAAGCUGGUGGUGGUUUAGUUUUCUGGCAUCCAAAGGGUGCUAUUGUGAGGCACAUAAUAGAAGAUUCAUGGAAAAAAAUACACAUUGAACGUGGUUAUAAUCUGUUGUAUACUCCACAUGUGGCCAAGGCAGACCUUUGGAAGAUCAGUGGCCAUUUGGAUUUCUACAGAGAGAAUAUGUUUGAUCAGAUGAAUAUCGAGGAUGAACUUUAUCAACUUCGACCAAUGAAUUGCCCUUACCACAUUCUAGUUUACAAAAGAAAGCUUAACUCUUACCGGGAUUUUCCUAUUAGAGUUGCAGAGUUGGGAACAGUAUAUAGAUAUGAAUUAUCUGGAAGCUUACAUGGCCUUUUCCGUGUAAGAGGUUUCACCCAGGAUGAUGCGCACAUCUUUUGUUUAGAGGAUCAAAUCAAAGAUGAAAUCAGUGGUGUCCUAGAUCUUACAGAAGAAAUAUUACUGCAAUUUGGUUUUAGCAAGUAUGAAGUCAAUCUCUCUACAAGACCAGAGAAAGCUGUUGGAGGCGAUGAUAUAUGGGAGAAAGCAACAUCUGCCCUUAAAGAUGCUUUGGAUGAUAAAGGGUGGAGCUAUCAACUUGAUGAAGGUGGUGGUGCCUUUUAUGGCCCAAAGAUUGAUCUCAAGAUUGAGGAUGCUCUUGGAAGGAAGUGGCAAUGUUCAACCAUACAGGUUGAUUUUAAUUUGCCCCAGCGAUUUGACAUCACCUAUGUUGACUCAAACUCAGAAAAGAAGCGACCUAUCAUGAUCCAUAGAGCUGUACUUGGAUCCUUGGAGCGAUUCUUUGGAGUUCUCAUAGAACAUUAUGCAGGGGAUUUUCCUUUGUGGCUUUCACCUGUCCAAGCUCGAGUUUUACCAGUUACAGAUAUCCAGCUUGAAUACUGCAAUGAGGUGACAAAAAAAUUGAAAGCAAACAGCAUUCGAGCUGAAGUUAGCCAUGGUGAGCGUUUGCCAAAACUCAUUAGAAAUGCAGAGAAGCAAAGAAUUCCAUUAAUGGCUGUUGUGGGCCCCAAGGAAACUGAAACUGAAACUGUUACAGUUAGAUCUAGGUUUGGAGGAGAGCUUGGAACAAUGACGAUUGAUGAUUUUGUAAGCAGAAUCAAGACUGCCACUGAGAACAGGACUUCAUUUUGAGGUACACGUAGCUGAGAAAAGAUGGUGUUCUACUUAUUUUAAGGAUGUUUAUGCCAACAGAAAAAAAGAAAAAAGAAAAAGAUGGAACAAUUUUAUGAUAUGUAGGUAUUCUUUUACAUGAGUCUAUAUAUAUACUGGAGUACCAUAUCAUUGUGUCCAUAUGUUCUUUAGUAAUCUUUUUGGUUGUAAUGUGGACUGGAGUAGAUAGAAUUGUUUUAGGAGGGAAAGAAAUAUCAUUACAAUUUUAAUUUA